UUGCGAAAUGCCUCCUUUUGUACUCACUGAAAUGUAAGCUGAGCGACUGAUCGCUGGUUUAACUCAGGGCAUGCCUUAAGUUAUAAAGUUCCUCGAUAUUGGAUGAGUUGGUAUAGUGUGUGUUUUUUUAAUUACAUAGGAUUGUUCUACAAUUUUAGAAGUGUUAUAGGUUUUACAGAUAAUUUAUUACCAGUACAGUAUAUGUGUUUGUACUUGCCUUACCGUUUGUAUUUACUACAUGUUUACGAAUAUGAGAGCUGCUACACUUUGCCGGUUAAGUUUUUAAGACGGAUCUUCAAAACGAAGAAUGCAGUGAAUAUUUAGCCAUCGAUUGUAUUAACUACAGACUUUUUUUUAUGGUCCAACUCUGAGGAUCUGAGUGUGUGUACAUUAAGCGACGAGCAAUACAAGAGGAUCUUUUUAACUUGCAUCUGGGUGGAAGAUGACAAGUGCAUUGCUGGAAUUAAAGAAUUUAAAUCAGAAACCAAACCGUUUCUCUAACACACCGCAUAAAGAGGAUGGAAAGUACGGUGUAUUUGUAGAGCCUCCUGCACUGGGAAUCAAAACGCCACUUAAGGCUUCUACCUCACAUUCAGUAUUAGCAGAGAGUCAGCAAGACAUGGGGUCUCUGACGACGCCAACCAAGGGGAAAGACACUCCUGCCUGUGAGCCUUGGACCCCAACGGCAAACCUUAAAAUCCUGAUCAGCGCCGUUAGUCCGGAGAUCAGGAACAGGGAAAAGGAGCUAUGCAUUGAUGACACUGAAGGGGCAGGGGCUAUUGAUAGUUCUCAGGAACACUUUGGCGACGAUUCUGACAAACUUCAAACAAGCCGGAAAGAAAAGAGUUUGGGGUUACUCUGCCACAAAUUCCUAGCAAGAUAUCCUGAUUAUCCCAACUCUGCCCUCAACAACGAUAUCUGUCUUGAUGAAGUAGCUGGAGAGCUUCAUGUGGAGCGCCGGCGCAUCUAUGACAUCGUCAACGUGCUGGAGAGCUUGCACAUGGUCAGCCGGCUGGCCAAGAACCGCUACACCUGGCACGGGCGGGGCAAGCUGGCGCAGACCCUGGGCAUGCUGAAGCAGGUGGGCGAGGAGCACGGGUACUCGGCGCAGAUGCAGCAGCUGAAGCAGAGGAGUCACGAGAGGGAGUUCGACUCGGACGCCGAGGAGAAGGAGAACGAGGACGUGCGGCAAGCCGGGGGGCUGGAUGGCGACGUGGGGCAGAGGGAGAUGUUCUUCGUGGAGCUCCCGGGGAUGGAGUUCAGGGCAGCUUCGGUCAACAGCAGGAAGGACAAGUCGCUGAGAGUUAUGAGUCAGAAGUUCGUGAUGCUGUUCUUGGUUUCCAAGCCCCGCGUGGUCAGUCUGGACAUCGCAGCUAAAAUUCUCAUCGGAGAGGAUCAAGUGAUUGAUUUGGAUAAGAGCAAGUUUAAAAGUGAGCAGUAUUUUAUUUAUCUGGAUUUCCGUUUUAUGACGCGUGCUCGGUUGCUCUACAAUACUUCAAUAAUUCGGGGACCGCAUGUGCUUAUGGUUUCCACUGCAUCUAUUCCAGCAAAAAUCCGGAGGCUGUAUGACAUCGCUAACGUGCUGAGUAGUCUGGAGCUGAUAAAAAAGGUGCACGUUACAGAGGAGAGAGGCCGGAAGCCAGCAUUCAAGUGGACAGGACCUGAGGAUUUCUUAUGUGUUAAAGAUGAAAAGACAUCAUCAGCUGCCACUUUAGCUACAUCCAAGACAUUAGAAUCCAGAUCCUCCAUCGAAAAUUGCGCCAAAAAUCUCUUCCCUUCGUCCAAGACAAAGCAUAGCUUCACACGGCACCCAUCUCUUGUCAAGCUAGCAAAGAGUAUCCAGGAUGACCGAAGGAAAAUAAACUCUGCACCCAGCAGUCCUGUCAAGAUGAAAAACUCGACCGAUCCUGAAUGUUACCCAAGCAGAAUGGCCCAGCUGGCAGCCAUCUGCAAAAUUCAGCUUGAUGAGCAAUCAAGGAAAAGCAAGAAGAAACCCAAACAGACUGUGACACAAGCUCAAAAACAAAAAGGAAAAGCCACCAAAACAUCAGGAGCUGUUGAGCAACUAGUAAACGGAGAACAGCAGGAUACCAACUCUCAGGCUAAGACCCUUGCGCCAUCUACCAGAGCAGUACCUUAUCUUCACUGUCAGUAUUCUCCCCUCAUCCCCGUGAUACUACCUCAGAACCAGACUGCUGGACCGUGUGCUAUAUAUGUGCACUCUUGUGCGCGGCCAGUAGCUAAUCGCUCCAGCCUGGCUGUACGAUCCAUGAGAUUUGAAGAUAAAGGUGGGGAAAGUCCACCUGACGCUGGCUUAGAAAUCCACUGCGACAGGACAGCUUCAGCUUCUGAUCCAGAAAAUGACUCCUCUCAAAAGAAUUGCCAGUCGCCUUGUUCGCUGAACAGUCCCAAGAGGGUCUAUAAACGAGCCUGUACUGAAAAGCUUGAAAACUCUUCUCCAAAAAGAAAGAAGACCCAGACAAAUUCUAGGGGUUCGUCACCCGGUGAAGCAGAGCUAUACGAACUCUACCUGGACAAGCUCAAGGCACGCAGGGGAUUGGUACCCAACAGACCUUCGCCUAGAGCCUUGCACUUAGAUCCAGAGUUUAUCAAUACCCCGGAGAACAAGGGAUCAGAGCAGCUUGACGAAAGUGUGGAGACAUUCCUGGAAAAAGAAGAGAAGCUUUCGUGUUCCGACAGCGAAGCAGGACUUACUCCUAUACGAUCGGUCUCCGUGCCAGAAAUCAUGGUGCCUUCUGGUCAUCUGCACCCUGAGGCACUAGUGCCAGCCGGCUAUCUUAUUCCCAUAUCGCAGCAGUCCCUCUUCAGCCUUCAGAGGUCGCGGUCCCCGGGCGGAGAAAGCCCCAAGCCCUCAGCUUCACACCACAAGGCUUACCAACCCCCUGUCACAGGGGCCCUACCUGUGAUGUCUUCAGAACUCACCCCUACGAGCUUCACAUCGCACGCCACGUUUCAGCACCCCAGCCCCUCCGUCUCCCUCGCCUCCUUUCCAGUUAUCAACCAGUCGAGCCCUUCUUUUGCCUCCGGGCAGCACGUGAACAGCCCCAGCCCCGCAAUACUGAACUUCACACUACAGAACCUCGGGCUGAUCUCGGCUGGAAUCCCGCAGGGUGCCAGCCCUGGCACUGUGGCCACCCCCCUGGAGCAGGCCAGCCCCGUCCCAGGACACCUGAGCUUUCAGCCAGGGGGGAUGAUCUUCAUCAAGCCUAUGUCUCCAGUCCCGGUUCAGCCUCAGAUGCCUGGACAGCAUGUUACUUUGAUCAGUUUACAGCAGCCUCUUCUGGCAACGCCCAAAGCAUCCCAGUGUGCUCAACAGAGCUUCUUCCACACCCCAGUCUCCACCUUGUCUCCCUUGGCUGCUGUGGUCUCGUCUAGUCAUUCGUCUCACGAGAACAUUUACAUACCGCAGAGGAAACUUGAAGUGAGCACUGAAGAAACCUGAAGACUGUAGCAGCAGACCCUCUCUGCACUGUUUUUUUCUUUCAUGAGCUGCAAAACGUUAUUUAUAAAGCUUUGACAAUUUGACUGUGUGAGUGGGGGGGUGUCCCUUUGCACAAAGGGGUACGCUAGUUCAUAUUAAAUUAUUUCUAGGUCCUAAGCACAGACGUGUUCAGGUCCUGCAACACCUGCAGUGAAAGUCAUUAAAAAGUUUUGUGGAUUUUACAAAACAGAUGGAUAUACCUUCUGAAGACUACAGCCCCUGCUACCAGGUGUCCUCUAAUAAAAACUGCAGCAUGGAAAAACUUAAAAUAUAGGGUACCUGCAGGUUUUAGAGUAGUUACAAAACAGCAUACUGUAUGUACUCUGCUAUUUACUUCUUGCAGUUUCUACUGAACCAGACUUGUGCCCCAUGAUCACUGAAACUAACUGGGCUUGAAAACCUGCAAAAACACAAAUACAGUUUACACUGUACAUCUUAAAGCACAGACAAUGUUUUAACAGUUAAUCAACAUUUCCACAGGAUGAGAAAACAUUCACACUGAAGAUCUCCAUCUUUAAUGUUAAACACUAGCUUUUUAUACAGUCAGUGCUGUAGCAGAACUGGAGUUUUAAGCAGGAAGUGGCACAGGACCUCGGACCCAAUGCAUUAAUGUACUGCAUAAUUUUCCAAUGCCCAUUUAGGAUAUUCAAAAUAUGCAUGUAGGAAUAAACUAUGACAAACGUUUCUUUAUUCAGUAAUACAAGUAGCCUUAAUAGGACAAAUCAAACCGAUACAUGGAUGAUUCAUGUUUUGCAUGUUAGCAAAAAGAUGUACGGCACAAUGACAUUUUGCACAUUUUAUAUGUUAACUGUUACAGUUCUUUAAUUGGUAUCUAUGAAAUAAAGAUAAAAAAUGAAUGUAUGGGGAAAUUUCCUAUUAGUGUAAUCAGGUGAAUUAUAAUUUCAUUAAUUUAUAGGAAGGAUUUUCUUACAUUUGUCAAUGAUCAAAAUUGUUAACCUGGACUGCUUUGGUUGGAUUGCAGUUGAAUUAAUUUGAUAUGUACACAUUUACUAAGAAAAUAAAGGGGGAUUCUUUCUGUUUUCAGCAUA